AUGCCCCCCAGCAGAAAGGAAAUCAGUGUCCAAUGUGUGAUUCACCUCCACACGUGUGGGUUUGACUCCCGUGUCUCUCUGUUACCCCUGCAGAUGAACAAUUCUGAGAGCCACCCUGGCGAGAACCAGACCAUCUCCCCUGGGUUCAUCCUGGUGGGGUUUUCCUACCUCAACGAGCUGCAAAUCCUUCUCUUUCUCCUUCUGCUGCUCAUCUACCUCCUCACCCUGAUGGGGAACCUGCUCGUUAUCCUCCUGAUAAAGCUGAACCCCUCCCUCCACACCCCCAUGUAUUUCUUCCUGGUCAACUUGUCCUUCUUGGAAAUGUGCUUCACCUCCAGCGUGGUCCCGCAGUUGCUGGUUCACCUGCUGGUGGAGGAAAAGACCAUCUCCCUUGUGGGCUGUGCAGCCCAGAUGUACGUCUACAGUAUCAUGGGCCUCACAGAAUGCUGCCUUCUCGCGGCCAUGGCCUACGACCGCUACGUGGCCAUCUGCCACCCCCUGCACUACACCACCAUCAUGAGCGGCCGGGUGUGUGCAGAGCUCGCGGGGGCGUCAUGGCUCAUCAGCAUCACGGUGGAGAUUGUUCCAACGGUCUGGAUCUUCAGCCUGCCUUUUUGUGGCUCCUACUGCAUCCACCACUUCUUCUGCGACAUCCCCCCCGUGCUGAAGAUGGUCUGCGCCGACACAUCGAACAUUAGGAUUGUGGGGUUCAUUGUGACAGGGCUGUUUGUCAUUAACCCUUUCCUGUUGAUACUCCUGUCCUACGUCCGCAUUAUCUCCACCAUCCUCAAGCUGCCAUCGGCAGAGGGGAGGCGUAAAGCCUUCUCCACCUGCUCCUCUCACCUCACAGUGGUGACUUUUUUCUAUGGAACGGCCCUGAUCACCUACCUCGUGCCCAAGUCUGAUUCCACCAAGGAGAGUGAUCAAAUGAUUUCUCUUAUGAACACCAUUGUGGCACCCCUGUUGAACCCCCUAAUAUACACACUGAGGAACAAAGAGGUGAAGGGAGCCAUGAGAAAAGCAGUGGUGAAGAGUAUCUUUGCACACAGCCGGAGAAAUUAG